AACAAGAAAUAAAUAUAUAUUUUUUGCACCUACCAAAUAAUUUUUCAAUAUUUUCUAUCUGUCUUUCCCUUUUAUUUUCUGGAAGUGGCAUUAAGCAAUCUGUUUGACCAUGUGCUGAGUACAAGUACGAGGAGCCAUUCCUCUUUUGCGACUUCUAACUGUUUACAUGCGAUUGUUUUGUUUCACAGUUUGCACUUUUCACAGUUUAGAUUCUGUCAGUUGAUUGUGAGUGUUGCAGAGAAUACAACUCUUACUUGGUUUCAACGCCUUCUUCCUAUUUUUUCAGCUUAUCAUUAGAGAUUUUGUUCUGUACCUUUGCCAUUGGUUAUAAGGUUCUGAAUAGAUCAGAUUUCAUAUCAGAAUGAUUUCUGUUGAUAAUGGUAAAGAUGAAAUUGAGGAAUCUAAUGGAAGUAAAGUAAAGGAGUUUGCUUCCAUAGAUAUUUCAACUUCUCGAAGAACAUUGAUGGGUAAUGAAAAUCCUCAAAGAAAGUUCCAUGGCACCUUGAGUUCUAUUCCUAAUAGGAUCAACUUCUUGAAAUUUGGUUCUGCAUCUGCCAAAUUCAAGAGGCUUGCUACUUUGAAGGACCAGGUUUCACAAUCUGUGCCUUCUCCCGGUUCAAUUGGCAUAAGAGAACGCUUCAGUGGCAUGCUUUCUAAGAAACUUGAUUGGGGUUCACUCAAGAAGAUGUGUGUAGAAUGGAUUAGGGACCCAAUGAACUUAGCCCUUUUUGUGUGGAUCUUAUGUGUUGCUGUUUCAGGUGCAAUUUUGUUCCUUGUCAUGACUGGUAUGUUGAAUAAUGUGCUUCCAAAGAAGUCCCAAAGGAAUGCAUGGUUUGAAGUUAACAAUCAAAUACUCAAUGCAUUGUUUACAUUGAUGUGCUUGUACCAGCAUCCGAAGAGGUGUUACCACCUUGUACUUCUGUUUAGGUGGAGUCCAAAAGACAUAUCCAAACUAAGAAAGGUGUAUUGCAAGAAUGGGACUUAUAAGCCUCAUGAAUGGGCUCACAUGAUGGUAGUGGUUAUUCUCCUUCAACUGAACUGUUUUGCUCAAUACGCACUUUGUGGUCUAAACUUGGGGUAUAAAAGAUCAGAGCGCCCGGCCAUAGGGGUUGGAAUAUGCAUAUCUGUUGCAAUUGCUGCUCCUGCAAUUGCUGGUCUGUAUACCAUUCUUAGCCCACUAGGUAGAGAUUUUGAUUCUGAGAUGGACGAAGAAGCGCAGGUUCAAGUUUCUGUUGCUCAAAAGCAGGAACAAUCAAGUGUGAAAUCAUUUGAGAAGAAAUAUUCAUUUGCAUCCAGAAACCAACAAAGGAUUAUAGAAAGUAGACCGCAGUGGAGUGGAGGAAUACUUGACAUUUGGGAUGACAUUUCUCAAGCAUAUCUAUCACUUUUCUGUACUUUUUGUGUCUUUGGUUGGAACAUGGAGAGACUUGGCUUUGGAAACAUGUAUGUUCAUAUUGCCACUUUUAUGCUGUUCUGUAUGGCUCCCUUUUGGAUUUUUAUCUUGGCAGCUGUGAAUAUUGAGGAUGACACUGUUAGGCAGGCUCUAGUAGCUACCGGGAUCAUUCUAUGUUUUUUUGGUUUACUAUAUGGUGGCUUUUGGAGGAUUCAAAUGAGAAAAAGGUUCAAUUUGCCUUCUUAUGACUUUUGUUUUGGAAAGCCUUCAGCUUCUGAUUGCACACUUUGGCUCUGCUGUUGUUGGUGCUCUCUUGCUCAAGAAGUGCGAACCGGAAAUACCUAUGACAUUGUAGAAGAUAAAUUAUGCAGGAAAGUUCAUAAUGGUGACCAGCAGCCAAUUUCACCUCUGCCUCGCGAAGAUGUGGCAUCAACCAAAUCUGGCACAAGUUCUCCUUUGGGUUACAACUCUUCCCCUUCUAUGAUCAAGCCAUCGAGUCCCCUAAGUUCAAGCAGUUUCUUGAAGGGAUAUUAUAGUCCUGAUAGGCCACUAUCUACAGUAAAAGAAGAGCCUUCUAAAAGAGAUAAAGAUGGAACAAUGAAUCCACCAAUCCCUCCAUCAAUACAAAGAGAAUCUCCUUAGUCCUCAAAGUGGAUCUUUUGUGCUUCCUAAUAAACAUGACAUUAUAUGGGAUGACCCAUAAAAAUUUGGGUUGAUUGUAUCCCAAGUCAUGGUCUUAUUCUCUCAGCUCUCUCAUCUUGUUUAUAUCACCCAUGAGUUUUAGGAUGUAGAUUUUAGGUGUUGAUUAUUAGUCACAUUGUGUAAUUAAUUGUCUGUUUGAACUCAAAUUUCUUGCUUUCUUUUUGAGGUUUUCUGUACAAUUUCCCCCCUGUAUGAGAUGAUUUAUACGACAAACAGAAAAUGAUUGUGGAGAGUAUUGUACAUUUCUUAGCGUGUUCCUUCUUGUGAGGAUAAAAUCGAUGAUUGUGUAUUCAUAACAAGGUUUGGUUUUCCAACUUGUAUUUACUAUUCAUGUGUGAAUGCGUUUUUAUUUUGUUUGGAUAUUAUCAAUUCCAACCAGUAGCAUCUUUU